AGAAGUUCGGAGUCCUGUCUAAAUGGACGCUGGAAUUUCAUUACGCUAGUCAAUGUCGGCGAAAAUAUAACAUGGAAAUUGUUAUAAAACUUGAUCGCCUCAAGCUGCCAAAUGCGUCCAAUUCACCUGCUGAAAAUAUUUUCCAAGAGAUCUCCAAAGAGACGGGUGCUGUGGUGUCCUGGGAAUCUGGUAUAAAAAGUUUACCAGUGCGGAGAGAACCAUGCAUCAAAAUUAGUGGGCCUGAAGAAAAGGUGAACAAAGCAAGAGACAUGUUGUUAGAAAAAUUGGAAAUACAAAGCAAUCGUGUUGUGAUGAAAUUGGAAGUGACUCACUUGGAGCAUCCAUCCCUCAUUGGAAAAGGGGGGAAACUCAUCAAAAAAGUGAUGGAAGCUACUGGAUGUCACAUUCAUUUUCCUGAUGCCAACAAAUGCUCCAUCCUAGAGAAAAAAAAUCAGGUUUCGAUAUAUGGUGACCCCACUAAUGUGGAGAGGGCUCGAGUAAUGAUAAGAGCUUUAAUUCCAAUACAAAUACACUUUGAAGUUCCUAAGACAAGUUUCAUUGACACUCAAGUUCUGAAUAACAUUCAUCCAAAUUAUGAUUGCUAUCUACCCGAGACUAAAUAUUUGGGAAGUUAUAAUGGAUUACUUAUUUAUUCAUCUCGGAGACAAAGCAGUAACAUCGUUAUUGUUCGCUGUAACCAAGACCAGUUUUCACAUCUGCGCAAAGAUAUCACUAAGCUUAUGGAACUCAUCUGUUGCACUAAUGGGGCAAAUUUGCCUCCUGUACAUAUGGUGACAGAUAUAAUGCAGCAACAUCAUUCUUUUGUAAAAGGGCCAAAUAACUACAAUAUUGAAGGAAUUGUGAAGAGAACUGGAGCUAAAAUAACCUUUCCGGAUAUCAAUACUCCGAAGUCUGAAAAGAGGUCGAUUAAAAUAAGUGGUAGCCUAGAUUCUGUAUAUGUAGCCUGGCUUGAAAUUAUGAAUUUUUUGCCUGUGAAUGUAUCCUUUGAUGUAAAUGGUACUCGGGAAACCAAAGGUGAAUACAUGGACUUUCUUCGAGAUCUUGGUAUUACCUUGUACACCCGUCCUAACCCGAAAUACUACACAAAGAAUGUAAUUCUAAAGGGUCCUGAGAAGUUUUCUAAACAAAUGCUGCAGUAUCGCCAACACCUGUUGCAUUUGCCCAGCUUGUGUUUCAAGGCUGAUGUUGAAGAUAUAAAUCUAGCAUCCAACUUCCUGAUCUCGCUCAGUGAAUAUUUUCAGUCAACCAAUGCUAUUCAUUUUAAGAUACAGUCUAGUUCUUCAUUACUAGCUUUGGAGCAAAGUAGCUCAUCAGGUACAGGACAAACUUCUCACAAUGAAAAUGGUUGCUGUUGGAAAUCAAAGAUGGAAAAUUCAAAUACUCAUGAUCAGUUACUGACUAAUAAUAACUGGAUAAAAAACAUUCCAUUUGAAAAUGAAAUGAUUUCUUUUACAACUGUGUCCUCUGGUUUUGCUGAAAUAUCUCAUGAUCAAUCGCUAAUUGAGCAGAAUAGCAAAAGCUCUAGAUUACCUCAAUCUCUUUUCAUGGAAAACCAGAAUCGAGAAACUACUUUAGCUGAGGAUUAUUAUAGGAAAAAAGUUCUAGCUGCUAGAGCAAUGCGAAGACCCAUAGAGUCUAUGGAAUCUGCUCAAGUUCCAACAAGCCUUUGGGCUGGAUAUGGGUUCUCGCAAUCUAUGCCUGCAGCUGUAAUAAAGGAUAGUUUGGAUUCUGUAAAUCACUAUAACCGCUAUCAUUUCAAUAGCUGUAGUAGCAAUUCCAGUUCAGAAGACAGUGAAUCUUGGGAAAAUGUGGUGAUGAAGGAUUGUAUAGAUGGAGACAUUUGGUCCAAUAAAAAAGAAACCACCUUCAGUCACAGCAAUUAUUUUGAUUUCUUAAGAAACAUGCGUUUCCCUUUCGAUAAUACCACAAAAGAUAUUCUUCCAGAACUGCUGUGGCAGCAUGGUUUGCACAAAUAUAUUGACACUUUCACCAAAGAAGAAAUCGAUUUUCAGUCAUUUCUUUUGUUAACUGACAAUGAUCUACAGAUCAUGGGUAUAGCACAUCAAGCCAGAGUGAAACUGGUUUGCUUAAUCAGAGAAUUGCAAGAGUCAACAAUGAAAUACAAAACCUUUGAUGCAGCUCCUGGGGCUGAAAGAAAAUCCAGCAUUGACAGACUUGAUAAUCUGCAAAUUUGUUGAGGCAGACUUUGGAAAACUCAGAGCUUUCUCUCUAUUUCUGUGGCUCACCGAAGAGAAUAUUUUUACCAAAGCCAAAUUUAUGUCAAGUGUUAUUUUAAUAUUGAAACAUUUAUGAAGCUAUACCAAAAAUUUUGUACAAACCAUUUCUAUCAAGAUAUUACAGUAUUUUAGCACAAGAAUUUAAUUUUGUUAUUGUUGUGAAUGAAGCAUUAUCUUGUACAGAGUUCAGUUUCUUGCAAUAUGAACGUAUAGUCUGUUUUAUUUUUUCAUUCAAUAUUUCUACAUUUAGUGAUUAUUUUUUUCUUAGAAUUGUUUUUAUUCUGUUCCUGUUAAGAUAAAUUUUAUUGUUAAAAUUUACAUUAAAAAAAUAUAGAGAUGAAGUGCAAUUUUUUUAAAAAAAAAAGUAUUAAAACUUUAUUAAAGUAUUUUAUGAAUGACAUUUCUGUAAAGAGCUUAUAGACCAAUCUUUCAAAUUUAAUUUAAAGUUUUACAGAGUUUAAUAAAAGUUGAGAUAUCAAAUUGAUUAUGCAUUUUAUAAUAAAUCAUGGGUAUUCAAAUGGUUAAAUUUUUUUCAUUUUGAAAUUGGUUUAAUCCUUAAAACGUUUCUAAAACACAACUUAUUCCGCUUCCCCUGUAAUUAUUAAAAUAUGCAUAAAAUAUUUUUAUUAGAACUUUAUAAAAUUUGAAAUUUUGAGAUAUAUCCAAUACGAAGCAUUUUUUUUGUUAACGAUUAUGCAAUCAUUUUGUAUCAUUGAUAUGCAUUUAAGUUCAAUUUCAUAAAAAAGUAGUUUAUAUGAAUUCCUAUCUCUUAUUAACAUUGUUAUUUCUAACUCUUUUAAUUCCAUUAUUUUAUUCAAUAAAUUAUUAGCAUAUAUUGUUGAACGUUGUAGGAAGAUUUUAUAUUUACAUGUAACCAAAGGUUUUAAAAGUUACUAUCGUAUUGUGACUGUGCUUCCAAAGUAGAAUACACCUUUUCUAUGUCGAUUCAUUUUUAUGUAUAGAGUAGCUAGUUGUUACUUGGAUGUGUAUUUUAUUGUUAAAUCUAUAAUAUUUAAUGUCAAUUUUAUGUAUUGUGUACUGUUUUUUUUUUUUUUUGUAAUAGAAUACCAAAGAACAUGACCAAAAAGUGCAAUUUGAGAGUUGAGGAAGUUUCCAUACCAAUAUGAAAGAGGUGCUUGACAUGUAUAUUUUUCUAUCGCUUUAUAAAUAUGAGCUUUUUCAAAGUUUUUUUUGCAUUUUUUUAUUUUUUUAUGUGAAUCUCUUCCUUUUUUCCAUUUCCUUACUUAUUACAUUUUGUUAAAAACAUAGUUAUAUUUUUAAUAUUCAUGUUUUUGUAUAUUUGAUUCAUGUUAGCAGCCAUUUUUGUGCCAAAUUCUUUGUAUUUUAUCCAUUCCCCUCUUCUUAUAAUGUGUUUUAUUAUUUUUAUGUAGCUGUUAUGUGCAAUACAGUACAUCAUGAAAAAAUAUUUUUUAAAAUUCAAAAUAAGGUAUCAUUGUGGUUUCAUAAUACCAAAAAAAGUCUUAAUUAAAUUGAAAAAAUAGUUAGGUCUCCCAAAAUAGGCCUCGGGUGUUUUUGUUUUUAUGUAGAAUUUUUUUAUUUGCUUGUGUAUUUUUUUAAUUUUUAGAUUUUUUUUACUAAAUAAAUUAAGCAUUAUUUCAAAAUUGUAUUACAAGACCCAUCUUAUUUUUUAUUUCAUGAAAUUAAGAUUUUUUUUGAAGUAAGAAAGAUAAAGCUAAAUAAAUUUUUUAAUUAAUAUCAAUUUUAUUAAAAAAGAUGGUAUAUAUAAUUAAGUAUUCAAAAAUAAAAUGUAUUUUAUUAUUAUGAAAUAUAAAAUAUUUUUUCAUGUUUAUUCUUAGACUAUUGUAGUUGCGGAUGUGAAAUGAUAUUUUGUUUUCAAUUUUGGAAGAAAUUUUCUCAUCAACCUUGAUCCAUCUCACCCAAAUAAGAAGAUUACAAAUUAGACUUCUGUAACCUACAUUGAAAUUCUUUCUAAUGCUUGCAAGUGCGAGAAAUUUAUAAUUCCUUUAUGUUUCUAUUCUCUUUUUCAACGAAUAAUACUAGCUCUUGUUUGCUUUUAAUUAUGAGAAAUUGUUUCAUUAGUUAUAUAGACUGCUAGUUCUUAGAAGUACGAGAUGGAUGUAGGUCUCAACCGCAAAAAUAAUUUAUGGGCGUUUGAAGAUACUCUUUGCUCUUAAAUCUCUUGUUGAUAUACAGAUUUAAGAGCAAAGAGGGUCUUCUAACUUUUUGUUUCUUUUGAUUGCUAGAUAUUUUAACAGUUUUUCAUGAAUCAGAAAACAUGCAGGAAAAGGAAUAUUUUUGUUAGUACCAUGAAAGAAUUUGUAGAAUUGGUUGAAUAAUAGCUUUAUGUUAUAUUCUCUAAGUACUUGACUCAUUAAACAAUCUUAAAAAAAUAUGACAUUCAAAUAGAAUAAUACUUUAUUGUAAGCUAUCGAAAAGUGUAAACUUAAAUGACAAAUUUAGCUAUUUUUUUCAGCUACAGAUUUGAAUCAUGUGGAUCAUAAUGGAUGUAUAAAAAUAAAAUUGAUGCCAUCCAUUUUGCAGGGAGAAACUUCCAGAAUUUUUACUUUUCAACUCUGGGGGAUAUACGCCUCUCAGUACAGUACAAAACAAUAUGACAUAUAACCUAAAUGUAAUUUCAAUUCAGUGAAAUCAACCUCUAGAGAAAUAUUUUUAUUUUUAUUUUAUUGCAAUCUUGAUAACUUAAACAUUUUUUUAUAUUAGAGGAAGUAAGAUGUUACAUUAGAUUGGAGGAAGUUAGUUGAAUUGAAGCAAAUUGCUGCUUUUAUUGCGAUUUUAAAGCAUUUUUUAACAAUUAACUUUGAUGAGAAGUUACAAUAUUAAUUAGGGGUAUCAUCAGAUCAAGAGCUUUUAUAGUUUUCUCAUCAAUGCCUUUUCUCUUGUCUUUCUGGAGCCACUUUCUAGAAUUACAUAUUCAGAAUAUGGUGAAUCUUUUUCUUCAACCAAAAAUACGUGUUCUUGCAUAGUUAGAUUUAUCGCUAACAGUGUAUUUAUUUAUUGUUUCAUUUUUUUUAACAUCAAAAGUGAGUGCAUUUCUGAGGUUUGCACCGAUUUAUAAAAGAGAGUUCCUCCUCAAGUUAAUGAAAUUAGAAAAAAAUGACAUGAAUUAACUUGAGCCAUCAUAUCACAAAAUAAAUAUUUUACCAUUUUAAAAGGCUGUAUUAUAAUGUUGACAUAAAAGAAUUAAUAUUAACUAGAAAGGACAGAUUGAAAAUUUAAAGAUAUGCUUAUUUAGUAGGACUAUAAAAAGUUUAAGCAGAUUUUGGGAGACCUAAAUUUUACAGGAUAUAUAAUUUUUUUAAUUGUCAAUUAAAAUUCUAAACUUAGCAUUUUUUUAAAUUUCUGUUUCAUUACAUACUCUUCA